AUGGACAAGUUGGUUCUAUGGUUAUUCUUUGUAACAGUAGCAAUAAACUUCUGCAAUGCAUACAAAUUAUUAGUAGUAUUUCCAUUUCCUGCCAAGAGCCAUAGUAUUCUUGGUGAUAAUGUGGUUAGACAUCUACUGGAUGCUGAACAUGAAGUUACGUAUAUUACACCAUUUCCAACCAAGAAUCCCCGAAAGAAUUUGGUACAGAUAGAUGUUAGUGAGAAUUUUGAAUUGUUUGCAGGAAAUAUACCAAAUAUUACACUAAUAUUGAACAACAAAAUGGUGUUCAAUGAUCCAGUAAAAAAGUUUAAAUUAUUCACCAAAUUAUUUGAAAAUACUAUUACGAAUGUUAACGUUGUUAAAUUAUUAAGUGACACCAACCAGAGGUUUGAUGCAGUUGUCGCCGAAUGGAUGUUUUAUGAUACUUAUUCUGGAUUAUCUUCAUUAUACGAAUGCCCUUUUAUCUGGGUUUCUACUAUCGAACCUCAUUCAUUAAUACUUAGUUUAAUUGAUGAAAAUACAAAUCCAGUUUAUGUACCAGACAUUAUGUCAAGUAACAUACCACCAUAUGGUUUCAAGCAGCGAGUUAGUGAACUUUAUACUCAGUUGAGAACCUUGGCAUUCAAAACUUUUUAUGCAGAUGUUGCUUGUAAAGAAGAUUUCGAAAGUUUUAUUGGACCCUACUUCACUAUGAGAAACAAAGACAUUCCUUCAUUUUAUGACGUCAAUGGCAAUAUAUCCUUAAUUUUGGGAAAUUCUCACGUAUCGUUAGGACAAGCAACUAGAUUACCACAAAAUUAUAUACCUAUUGCAGGAUAUCAUAUAGAUUCUAAUGUGAAACCAUUGCCAGAAGAUCUGAAGAACUUAUUGGACAAUUCAAAAAGUGGUUUGAUAUACUUUAGCAUGGGUUCAAAUCUCAAAAGUAAAGAUCUUCCGGAUGAAAUAAAAAGGGGCUUAUUGAAAGUAUUUGGUGAAUUGAAACAAACCGUGCUGUGGAAAUUUGAAGAAGUGGUUUCUGAUUUGCCGGAAAAUGUUCAUAUAGUUCAAUGGGCUCCACAACAUGGCAUUUUAGCGCAUCCAAAUUGUAUCCUGUUCAUAACUCACGGUGGACAUCUUUCAACAACUGAGACUGUACAUUUUGGAAAACCCGUAAUUGGAAUUCCAGUAUUUGCCGAUCAGUUUGUUAAUAUCGAAAGAGCUGUAAACAAAGGUUUUGCUAUAAGAGUGAGCUUGUCUUACACAAUGGCGGAUGAUUUGAAGGUUGCUAUUAAAGAUGUUCUUAAUGAUAAUAAAUAUAAAGAAAGAGCGAAGGAGCUGUCGGCUAUUUACCACGACCGACCUACGUCGCCUGAUAAGGAGUUGGUACACUGGGUGCAGCACGUGGUCCGCACGGGAGGCGCUCCUCAUCUUCGGUCACCAGCUUUCCUUGUACCCGUCUAUCAGAAAUACUAUUUGGAUUUAUUAGCUCUUAUUUUAGCAAUUAUUAUACUAUUAGUCAUUUCGCUAAAACGGAUACUAAAAUCUAAGAAAAAAGAAAAUAUUAAAAAG